UAGUAGUGACGUGUUAAGCGAGAGUGCAUGUAACAUUUAGUUUAAUACAUUGAACGAUCAAAUAUGUUUAUUACGUAGUUAAAAUAUAGUAUUCGAUUGCCAGGUGUUUAUUUUGUCUCGAUGCAACGUUUUUUGUAAUACCAAUAGGCACUCACUUACUAAAAAGUGGUUAUAUAUACAGUAUUUUUUGUAAGCUUUUAAGUGCUGUACUGAAUGCAAUUGGGCGGCGACCAAAACUCGUCUAUUCUUGCGCAUUUCCAUCACUUUUAAGCGUUUACUCACAUAUCGGCAGCCAUGUGGUGGGGAAAAUUAGAGUUUGAGAUGAUAGAGCAAACUCACUGAAAAGUGGUGAAAAUGGAAGUAUAAAUAUAACAUUAUUGUUAUAAUAUAUCAAUAUAAUCACUACUAAAAGGGAAGAGUGGAAAAUUGCAACAAAAGAUUGAAUACAAAAGAAGAAGAAGAAUUUCAUUGGUCAAAUAAUAUGAUUGAGGUCCACAGCCAACUGUCCAAACAGACCCAAAAACUCACCAAUAUUCCUUUCAUAGAAAUCAUUGAACAGCCCGAUUCCGUAAGGUAUCGAUAUGUAUGCGAAGGUAGAACUGCUGGUAAUAUAUUCGGAGUCAAUUCUUUAUAUGAUAAUAAAACAUAUCCAACAAUAAAAAUUAAUGGUUAUCAAGGUAAGGUCCUAGUUAUAGUAUCUUGUGUUACCAAAGACAAACCAUAUAGACCACAUCCAUUUAAACUUGUGGGAGGAAAACAUUGCAAAAGAGGAAUUUUCAAGGCUGAAAUCAAUAACGAGUCAAUGACUUUGAGCUUACAAAAUGUUGGAAUUCAAUGUGUAAAAAGAUCAAACGUAGAUGAAGCACUCAAAGAGCGCGAGAGUCAACGAAUUGAUCCAUUUAAGA